AUGCCUACCUGCGCCUUCGACUUCACCGGCAGAGUUCGAGAAAUCCACAAUAGACAUGUUAAGAUUGAAAAACAACUUUCCGAGCACUUGGACGAUCAAUCUGGACAGCGGCAUGUUCUGGCUCUCGCCCGCUACCUUGACACUGAUGAAGAGAUUAUGCUGAAAAUUCGCUAUGAUUUGAACCCUGAACAAUUUGACAUUGAAGACCUUAAAGAAAGCCGAGAGGACGCUGACAUGAUGUUCCUUCAUGAGGCUGAUGGUGUUGAAAAUGUGUACGCGAUUCACCACGGGCCUCGAUAUAUCACCUAUGUCACGCAGCCUGCCGGGCAGGAAAUGCCGUAUCCAGAUGGCUGGGCCGACUUUCUGAUCACAUCGAGAGUCCCAGGUGAUGAUGUUGCUGAGAUUUCUGGCGAGCUUACGUUUGACCAGCUGGAGAGUAUUCGCAAGCAGCUGGCUAACAUCCUUGAGGACAUUUCUCUCUUUCCCUGGCUUUUCAUUACAUCAGAAGAUCAGGGCACUCUACGAUACGACGUCCAAAAUGACAAGCUGUAUUUCGUCGACUUCACCCACAUGAGCCUCAUAGACCCUAACUAUGGGAAUUGGACGUCCAUUACACCCGACACCACGUUUGUAACCGGAUUCAACCUUUGGUCCCAUAGCCAUUUGCGACGUGCCAAAGAGAUCGCAAAAAUUAAGUAG